AUGGCUGCUCCAUAUCCAACUAAUUAUCCUCCUACUAUUAAUGAUCCAAGACAACCACCUAGCAAUAAUUUUUAUAUUCCACCAAAUCCUUAUUAUUAUGAUAAUCGUCCAUAUACUCCAGAUUCAAUAUAUUCAAUGACAGAUCGUGCAUCACAAUAUACAUAUGACUCAGGUUCUGAAAGUGAUUCCUAUCCAACAGAUGAUUAUCCAUCUCAUCAUUCAUUUGAGAAUGAUGGAAAACGUGCAUUAAAGAUUCGUCGACAUAUUCCUGGUACGAAUGAUCCAUCAUUACAACAAUUUCCAUCAAAUAUAGAAACACCAAAAAAUACACUUCCAUCAUCACAUGUACAUGUUACUAUUAAACGACAUCCAAUUGAACCUAAACAAAAUUUAAUUCAACCUGUUCUCUAUCCUGUUCCUGUUUAUGCUAAACCUCCUAUUCCACAAAAUUCUAAUAAUCCACCAAUUCAAAUUAUUCAACCUAUUCUACCUAUUCAACCAACUGAACAAAUAAAAGAAAUUACAAAACCAUCUUCACCAAAAAAACCUACAACACCUGUUAAAACUUCACCUAAACCUUCAAUAACAUCAGAUCGAUAUGAAACAGAAUCAUUUCGUUUACCAUCAUCACAAAAUAAAAAAAGUAAUAUAUCACCUCGUAAACCUAUUCGUACUGAUAUGAUAACACCAAUACCAUCAAAUAUUAAAUCUGAACGAAUUCAACCUGGUCAAGUUAUUGUUGAAAAACAUGAUAAUUAUGAUGAAUAUUAUCAAUUACCAAAUGCUUAUACUAUUCCAAAAAAAAUUAUUUCAUAUCGAAAUGCACCUGGUCUAACAACAAGAGAAAUAGAAAAUGAUACAAUAGGUGAAACAAGAGAAUCUGUUUAUCUACGAUCACCAAAAAACCAAACUGUUACAUAUAGAAAAUAA